AUGCCUGUCUACUUGGGAGUCAUUGGGCUCGUAGUGCUCCUAAUCGUCUUCUACGACUUCCUAACCACGACGCUGGCCACCGGACACUCGGGUCCGCUCUCGCUGUUGGUCAUACGCGCCUACAAGCUGGGCUCGACCUACAUCUUUCGCCACUUCUUCCGCAACCGUCUCUUCCUCUCAGCCAUCGGCCCCUUCACUGUCUUUUCCAUCCUCCUCAUGUGGUUCAUCGUCAGCUGGAUCGCGUGGGUGCUCAUCUUCUUCUCCACGUCCGGCGCCGUGGUGAAAAGCAGCACCGGCUCCGACGCCGACGUCGCCGAACGCAUCUACUACGUCGGCUACGUCAUCACCACCCUCGGCAUGGCCACCUGGCUCCUCAACGUCAGCCAAGCCGUGUCCUCCACCCGCGUUCUUGCGACCCAGAUCGCCAGUGCGGGCUACAAUCCGGCGCAGCUGCUGAUCAACGCGUGGGACGGAGAGACGUUCAGCAGCUUGACCUCCUUCUUGAGCAACAUCAGUAGCGCUCUCGCCGCUCGAGCGCAGCAGGAGAUCUACAUGCCCGUGCUGAUCAACUUCCACCCGUACGAGCGCGACGCAGCCGAAGGCAUUCAGAUCCCGGUGGUCGACGAAGCCCUGACUCUGCUGCUCUUCGCCAUCGAAGAUCCCGCCAGUAAGGGAAUCGACAAGUUCACGCUGAUCCACACGCGCAAUGUGAUCACGAAGCUGUUGGAGAACGCCAUGCACCGGCCCGUCGCGCAACCGUCGCGCAAGACGCCGCCCGUGCCCGACCUCCACUACGUGCAGCUGGCCGACAUCCCCAUCAUCGAGGCCAAGGAGUACCAGACCCGCAUGCAGCGCACCGACGUCGUCGCCCGGUUUGUGGAGGCGUGCGGGUACUCGUGGAAGGAGGUGUGGCACCAUCGACAGGAGGCCAAGAAGUCCAACCUGGAGAUUCUGCGCGAGCAGUUCCCCUUCUUCGACAAGUGGGCCAGUCGGAACCACGAACUGCCGGUCCCUCCGCCUGCUGGCGUAUGA